AUGGCCCUGGAACAGGCGCUGCAGGCGGCGCGGCAGGGCGAGCUGGACGUGCUGCGGUCGCUACACGCCGCCGGCCUGCUGGGGCCCUCGCUGCGCGACCCGCUGGACGCGCUGCCCGUGCACCACGCGGCCCGCGCCGGGAAGCUGCACUGUCUGCGCUUCCUGGUGGAGGAGGCCGCCCUCCCCGCCGCGGCCCGCGCCCGCAACGGCGCCACCCCGGCCCACGACGCCGCCGCCACCGGCCACCUCGCCUGCUUGCAGUGGCUGCUGUCUCAGGGAGGCUGCAGAGUGCAGGACAAAGACAAUUCUGGUGCCACAGUCUUGCAUCUGGCUGCCCGCUUUGGCCACCCUGAGGUGGUGAACUGGCUGCUGCAUCAUGGCGGUGGGGACCCCACCGCAGCCACAGACAUGGGCGCCCUGCCUAUCCACUACGCUGCCGCCAAAGGAGACUUCCCCUCCCUGAGGCUUCUCAUCGGGCACUACCCUGAGGGAGUGAAAGCCCAAACCAAGAACGGUGCCACGCCCCUGUACCUGGCGUGCCAGGAGGGCCACCUGGAGGUGACGCAGUACCUGGUGCAGGAGUGCGGCGCGGACCCGCACGCGCGCGCCCACGAUGGCAUGACCCCGCUGCACGCCGCGGCGCAGAUGGGCCACAGCCCGGUCAUCGUGUGGCUGGUGAGCUGCACCGACGUGAGCCUGUCGGAGCAGGACAAAGACGGCGCCACCGCCAUGCACUUCGCGGCGAGCCGCGGCCACACCAAGGUGCUCAGCUGGCUGCUGCUGCACGGCGGGGAGAUCUCGGCCGACCUGUGGGGCGGGACCCCGCUGCACGACGCCGCUGAGAACGGGGAGCUGGAGUGCUGCCAGAUCCUGGUAGUGAACGGCGCGGAGCUGGACGUCCGCGACCGCGACGGGUACACGGCCGCCGACCUGUCGGACUUCAACGGCCACAGCCACUGCACUCGCUACCUGCGCACGGUGGAGAACCUGAGCGUGGAGCACCGUGUGCUGUCCCGGGAUCCCUCUGCUGAGCUGGAGGCAAAGCAGCUGGACUCAGGCAUGUCCUCACCCAACACCACCAUGUCGGUCCAGCCGCUGAACUUUGACCUCGGCUCACCCGCCAGCACCCUCUCCAACUACGACUCCUGCUCCUCCAGCCACUCCAGCAUCAAAGGCCAGCGGCCUCCUCGCAGGCUUUCCAGCACCAGAGCUGCAGACAUACAGAGCUACAUGGACAUGCUGAACCCGGAGCUGGGUCUGCCUCGGGGCACAACUGGCAAACCCACACCCCCACCACCCCCACCCAGCUUCCCCCCGCCACCCCUGCCCCCAGGCACCCAACUGCCUCCACCCCCACCUGGCUACCCAGCUCCCAAGCCUCCUGUGGGACCACAGGCAGCUGACAUCUACAUGCAGACCAAGAACAAACUCCGACACGUGGAGACAGAGGCCCUCAAGAAGGAGCCGAGCGCCUGCGACGGCCACGACGGGCUGCGGAGGCAGGACUCCGGCCGUAAGCCCCGCGCUUUCAGCAAGCAGCCCAGCACAGGGGACUACUACCGGCAGCUGGGCCCCGGCCCCGGGGAGACGCUGGCCGCACGCCCGGGCAUGGCGCACAGCGAGGAGGUGCGUGCCCGCCAGCCCGCACCCGCCGGCUGCCGGCGCCCCGGCCCUGCCGCCCGCGGCUCACUCGAAGGCCCCUCGGCUCUCCCGCAGGCGGCGUUGCUCCCCGGGAACCACGUUCCUAAUGGCUGCGCCGCGGACCCUAAGGCGUCCAGGGAGCUACCGCCGCCGCCCCCGCCGCCGCCGCCGCCCCUGCCCGAGGCCGCGAGUUCACAGCCGCCCGCCCCACCUCUGCCCCUCGAGGGCGCUGGCCCUGGCUGCGGGCAGCGCCGCUCCUCCUCGUCCACCGGCAAAGUGAGAGUCCUGAGGCACAGGAAGAGCACCAAGUCUUUCAACAUGAUGUCCCCGACGGGCGACAACUCGGAGCUACUGGCUGAGAUUAAGGCAGGCAAGAGCCUGAAGCCGACGCCGCAGAGCAAGGGGCUGACCACAGUGUUCUCAGGCAGCGGGCAGCCAGCCUCCCAGCCCGACUCGACGCUGCCGCCUGUGUCACCUACGCCGUCACCAGCCCGGAGCCCCACACCGCCAGCUGCAGGUUUUCAGCCGCUGCUCAAUGGAAGCUUGGUUCCGGUGCCACCCGCUACCCCCGCGCCCGGUGUGCAGCUGGACGUGGAGGCGCUCAUCCCUACCCACGAUGAGCAGGGCCGGCCCAUCCCCGAGUGGAAGCGCCAGGUGAUGGUGCGCAAGCUGCAGCUGAAGAUGCAGGAGGAAGAGGAGCAGAGGCGGAAGGAGGAGGAGGAGGAGGCCCGGCUGGCCAGCAUGCCUGCCUGGAGGCGGGACCUCCUGCGGAAGAAGCUGGAAGAGGAGAGGGAGCAGAAGCGGAAAGAAGAGGAGCGACAGAAGCAGGAGGAGAUGCAGCGGGAGAAGGAGCAGUCAGAGAAGCUGCGGACGCUGGGUUAUGAUGAGAGCAAGCUGGCACCCUGGCAGCGACAGGUCAUCCUGAAGAAGGGGGACAUCGCUAAGUACUAGAAGCCAGGCCUCUUGCCAGGGGCCCCCUGCCCCAACCCCAGCCAGCCAGGCCCCAGUGGAAGGGCUGGGAGCCCCACAGCCCUCCCCUCCGGCGCUGGAAACCCUCCCCGACUCCCCACCCUGGCCCCUGCAUCCCCAGCCCUUGGCGACACUGGAGUGCACCCACCGCCCCAGUCGCCCAGAAAAAGUGCCCAAGCUGCUGAUGCAAACAACAACAAAAAAAAUGCUGCUUAUUUGCAUGCGACUUACAUAUGUUUGCAUGUUUCUUGACUAUCAAAGAGUGCAGAGCUCUCCCCAGCCCCGUGGAUGGUUGACUCUGUUUUCCUGCGGGGCUCAGCCCCCUCCAGGAUGCAGCCCCCUCCCCCGCACCCCGGAACCGGUGUCGCAGGCGCAUCCUGGGUGGAGGCAGGCCCCGAGCUCGGGGAAGGGGUUUUCCCUCACUCCCUGACCCAGAUCUACGCCGGCCCAGCCAGGGCGUCAUUUCUAAUCCCCGCCGAGGGUUUCCUCUCAGUCAUUUGUUUACCAGAAACGACGAAAACUGCCUGUCUGCCGGGCCGGGCCGCAGUUGCGGCUCCCAGGACCCCACUCUGCCCCACCUCCCUCAAGUCUGCGCCCAUCCCCAGCCAGGCCCCCUCGCUUCCCAGACCUUGUCACUGUCCCAGUAGAGUGAAUAGAGGAUGAGGGGCCCCGACCCUGUGUCUCCAGCUGCUGCACCCCACCCGACCCUGUCCCUGGCACCCCACCCGACCCUGACCCUGCCACCUCACAGCCCCAUUAAAGCACUUUCAUCCGCCCGGGGCUCCCGUGCACUCACUGACUGUG